CCCAGGAUCCAAACUUCCGUGUGACUCCACACCCUGUUUUCCGGGGAGCCAGUGGAGAUCCAGCCCAGUUGAACACGCUGCUCUUCGCCUGUGAGCAGUGAGCUGGCCACGGCGCAGAUUUCGCCCUCUACCCGGAUCUUUUUCUCCGGCUCAGCUCUUUUCUCGACUCGUUCGCACCUCGGAGUAGUGAAGUGUGCGCCGUUUUCGCUCUUUUGCCCACAGAUGUGUUUGUAGUUGCGCUGUGCCUCCGUGGCCAUGGAUUGAUUUCAGUGUUUUUCCCCCCCUCUCUCUCUCUCUCUCCCUGCGACCUCUGCCUCGACCAAGUUGAGCAAACAGUCCGUGUAACCUGCGGCUUUCUCUCGCUCCAGCUACAUGUUUCAUCCGGACACUUUCAAAACUACCUGGCUCCGGAUGUUCCUUCACAUUUUAGGACUUUGAACUUUUUAUUUUGGUCCCUUGUGCAUUUUUGAGGAGGUGUUUUUUUUAAGGAUUUCUUUUUGUGUGUGUGUGUGUGUGUGUAUGUGUGUGUGUGUGUGCCAACGCUUCCCCUGGGUUUCCUGAAGCCUGCAAAGAUUUAUUUGUGAAAAGUGAUGGCCGAGCGGGGAGCUCUGUCGCUCCUCUCUCUCCUCUGUCUCACCUUUCUCUACACGGCGUCCUCCACGGCAAAGCAUGUCGACAAAGGUUCAGCAGCGCAGCCCUUCAUCCCCUUCUGGUUCACGGUGGAGCCACAGGAUACUCUGGCCAUCCGGGGCAACUCGGCGCUGCUGAAUUGCUCGGCCCACAGCGACGCCGCCACACCUGCGCGCGUGGAAUGGAAGAAAGACGGCACCUUCAUGCGCCUGAUUUCAGAUGAGAGACGGCACAUACUUCCCGAUGGCACACUGGUCUUCACUCACGUGGUCCACUCGAAACACAAUAAACCCGAUGAGGGCACCUAUCAGUGCGUUGCCACAAUCGAGAACCUUGGAUCCAUUUCCAGCCGCACGGCACGCCUGUCUGUAGCAGGGAUGCCCAGGUUCGCCAGCCAGCCUGCACCGAGCACUGUGCGUCCAGGGGACAGUCAAGUAAUGGCGUGUGAGGUCAACUCGGACCUUGUGCCCUUUACUCGGUGGGAGAAAGAUCGACAGUCGCUGGAGCUCAGCAGCAGGUUGACUCAGCUGCCAAGUGGAGCCUUGGUGAUCAGGAAUGCCUCGGAGGCUGACGCUGGCCUCUACCGCUGUCUGGUGGAAAAUGUGGGGUCAUCCAAGUCUAGCGAUGAGGCCCAACUCCAAAUAGUGCCAGAAACUGGAGAGGACAGGAAGCUGGAGUUCCUGGUGCAGCCGGUUUCUGUGACCAAGGUGGUGGGCACCAGCGUCCUGCUGCCUUGCGUGGUCACUGGUUUCCCUGUGCCACAAGUCCGUUGGAUGUUGGGAGACAAGCUGCUGCAAGAAAGCGAGGGUCAUGUGGAGGUCAUGGGAGGAGGCAGUCUCCAGAUCUCCAAUAUCACAGAGAAGAAUGCUGGCGUCUACACCUGCAUAGCUGACAACUCUAAUGCCACCAUCGAAGCCCAGGCCCAGCUCACUGUACAAGUUGCUCCACAGUUUGUCAGACGACCAGCCAACAUUUACGCCCAUGAGUCCAUGGACAUCGUCUUUGAGUGUGAGGUUUCAGGCUCGCCGGCUCCCACUGUCAAAUGGGUCAAGAAUGGAGAUGCUGUCAUACCCAGCGACUACUUUAAAAUAGUUAAGGAGCACAACCUGCAGGUUUUGGGUCUCGUCAAGUCAGAUGAGGGUUUUUACCAGUGCCUUGCAGAAAAUGAUGCUGGCAACAUCCAGUCCAGUGCCCAGCUCAUCAUCUUGGAUCACGAUGUAGCCCUGCCCUCUUUCCCUCCCCCUUCACUGACUCCUAACACUACUGACCAUGUAACGCCAGGCUCCGGAGGUAUAGCCGGUCCAGCGGGGCCCACUCCCUCUGCCCCUCGAGACGUCGUGGCUUCACUGGUUUCCACCCGCUUCAUCAAACUGACCUGGCGCCAACCAGCUGAACCACAUGGAGACGACUUAACCUACUCCGUUUUCUACAGCCAGGAGGGCAUCAGCAGGGAACGUGUGGUGAACACCAGCCGUCCAGGAGAGAUGCAGGUCACCAUCCAGAAUCUCAUGCCAGACACCAAGUACCGCUUCAGGGUCGUAGCACACAACAGUAACGGCCAAGGAGAGAGUUCUGCGGCGCUCAAAGUGGCCACCCAGGCUGAAGUCCAAGUGCCUGGCCCUGCUCCUAACCUGCAGGCAGUGUCAAACUCACCAACGUCUGUCUCUCUGAGCUGGGACAAACCUCUCACUGGCAAUGGAGAAAUGCUCACGUACAAGUUGUACUACACAGACAAAAGCUUCGACAGCGAACAGGACGUUGACACUGAUGGUCAGUCCUACACCAUGACUGGGCUCAAGAAGAACACAGAGUACAGUUUCCGUGUGGUGGCCAACAACCAACAUGGUCCAGGUGUCUCCACUGAGGACAUUGUUGUUCGCACCCUGUCUGACGUUCCCAGCGCUGCUCCACAAAACCUCACUGUGGAGGUCCAGAACUCAAAGAGUAUAAUGCUUCGCUGGCAGCCUCCUCCCCUUAAUGCCCAGAAUGGGGAGAUCACAGGCUACAAGAUCCGAUACCGGAAAGGGCCACGGAGGAGUGAGGCAGCCGAAACCACCGGAGGCACCCAGCUCAACAAGCUCAUUGAUGGUCUAGACCGUGGGACCGAGUACUCGUUCCGUGUGUCUGCCAUGACGGUGAACGGCACAGGACCUGCCACUGACUGGAACAGUGCCGAGACGUUUGAGAGCGACCUGGAUGAAUCACGUGUACCGGACCAGCCCAGCUCUCUCCAUGUCCGGCCUCUGGUCAACAGUAUCGUCGUGAGCUGGACGCCACCGGAGAACCAGGACAUCGUGGUGCGCGGUUACUCCAUCGGCUACGGCAUUGGCAGUCCUCACGCUCAGACCAUCAAAGUGGAUUACAAGCAGCGCUACUACACCAUCGAGAACCUCGACGCCAGCUCCCACUACGUGAUCACACUGAAGGCCUUCAAUAAUGUGGGUGAGGGGAUUCCUGUGUAUGAGAGCGCCAUCACCAGACCUCAGUCAGACCCUGUUGACCCCGAUGUUGAUAUGUAUGAACUCUUCCAUGCUUCAUACACCCCAGUACCAGACCCCUCUCCCAUGAUGCCACCCGUGGGUGUUCAGGCCUCUGUGCUGAGCUAUGACACCAUCAAGGUGACCUGGGCCGACAACUCACUGCCCAAAAAUCAAAGGAUCACUGACAACCGCUACUACACAGUACGGUGGAAGACCAACAUCCCUGCCAACACCAAAGUGAAGAUGGCCAACACCACCAGCCUGAACUACAUGGUGGCUGGUCUGAAGCCCAACACUCUGUACGAGUUUUCCGUCAUGGUGACCAAAGGCCGGCGCGUCAGCACGUGGAGCAUGACUGCACAGGGCACAACAUUUGAGACCAUCCCCAGCUCUUCCCCUAAAGACGUGACUGUAGUGAGCAAAGAGAACAAACCUCGCACCAUAAUUGUGAACUGGCAGCCUCCCUCGGAGGCCAACGGGAAGAUCACCGGCUACAUUAUCUACUACAGUACAGAUGUAAAUGCUGAGGUCCACGACUGGGUUAUAGAACCAGUGGUUGGCAACCGUCUGACCCAUCAGAUCCAGGACCUGACGCUGGACACCACCUACUACUUCAAAAUCCAGGCCCGCAACUCAAAGGGCAUGGGCCCCAUGUCUGAUGCUGUGAACUUUCGCACUCCAAAGACUGAGUCCUCUGACAAAAUGGCUAAUGACCAAGCCUCAAAUCUUCCACCAAAGCCGGGGCCUUCAGGCAACCAACAGCCACCAGACCCUGGAACUUCAGUUGGUAAAUCAGGUGUGGGAAGCAGUGAAAUUCACACCCUGGUCAUUAUCAUCAUCAUCUCAGUGGGAGCUUUCACCAUCAUAGUGGUGGUGGUAGGUGCCUUCCUGUGCACACGGCGCACCACAUCCCACCAAAAAAAAAAACGAGCCGCCUCAAAGUCCACUAACGGCUCCCACAAAUAUAAAGGAAACUCCAAAGACCUGAAACCUCCUGAUCUUUGGAUUCACCAUGAGAGGCUGGAACUCAAACCCAUUGAUAAGUCUCCAGAGCCCAACCCAGUAAUGACUGAAACUCCCAUACCCCGCAGCUCACAGGACAUCACGCCGGCUGACAGCGGCCUGGACGGCAAUCCUCACUUACAGCAGAGGCGCAACUCCUACCGUGGCCACGAGUCAGAGGACAGCAUGUCUACACUAGCAGGCCGCCGAGGGAUGAGGCCUAAAAUGAUGAUGCCUUUUGACACACAGCCACCUCAGCCUGUGAUUAGUGCUCACCCCAUCCAUUCCCUUGAUAACCAUCACCACCAUUAUCACAUGGGCAGCUUGGCAUCACCAACGCGAAGCUACCUUUACCACCAGGGUAGCGGGCACCCACGCCCUCACGCCUGCGCCACCCCCAUCUCCCAUUUUGACAGGGUGGAUUCUACAGAGUCAGUGAGAAACACUCCCAUCUCAGAGCCUCUCCCUCCAGCCACCACCUCCUCCCAGGUCUCCUGCCCCUCGGAGAUCCUUGCUGACCCCGAGGGAAGCUACCACGGCUCCACCACCACAGAGGAGGAGCCCAGCUACUCCAGCAACCUGCCCCCACUCCGCUCAGCACACCCGCACGCCCACGCCCACCCACUCAAAAGCUUUGCAGUGCCAGCGAUCCCAGCAACCAGCCAUCCAUCAUACGAGUCACCCGCUCUACCCAGCACUCCACUGCUUACUCAGACUGGACUUCCCUCUCACCCCCACGUUGUUAAAACAGCCUCCAUCGGAACACUCGGAAGGACACGAACACCAAUGAUAGUCAAUGUGCCCAAUGCCCCUGAUGUGCCAGAGACCAGCAAGAUGCUCGAAGAUGUAGACAGCGUGCUUGCCAGCCUCCCCCCCUGCCCUUCCCCCGCCCCCCGCAGUAACCCUGUUCCUCUCCCUCAGAACUACGAGCCGGACGAGCUGACCGAGGAGAUGGCCCACCUUGAGGGCCUGAUGAAGGACCUAAACGCCAUAACCACAGCGCCAUGAGCAUGCACACACAACUGGACUCUCACAAACACACACACACCCACGCUUUCACUCCGUCAUGCACACAUUCACACAGAAAGACACACACUUCUCAGUCAAACAAACACAUCCACUUUUGAGCCAGUGGCUGGUGGACACAACAUGGCUUCUUGUGCCCAAAAAAAUAACCUCUCACAUCCCCCUGCAGAAAAAACAAAACUCCAGACUGAAAUUUAAAAAACUUUUUUGGCUUACAUUGCUCAGUCUCAGGAGAUUGCCAUGAGUGGGAAAAAAGUGAGACACAUCUUUUUAUGAAGAACCAUUCUCAGAGACAAUGAACUUUAAACUAUUGGUCGCUUUCAACCGGAAGAUUGUGAAUUUUUUUCCUCAGCAAAAACAUGUAUGGUAGGUUGUUGUGGUGAGUGCUCACUCAAGAAGAAAUAAUGGUUGAUUCAAUGUCAAGUCAAAUGGAGAAAGUCAAAAAACAUGUUGGUUUUGAUGUUGGUGCCCGUGCAGCGCCAUCUACACGCAGUGUUUGUUUGAUCCGUGUUUUCUUUGUGCAUUUUGUAUGACUAUUGGGCAGUGACAGUGAUAUGGACAUUGGAUAUCAGCCUCCUUUUACAAGCCUACAUCCUCCAUAAACAUGGUCAAUUUUUGUUUCUACCCCACGUGUCAUAUGUUGCGCCAUGACUUUUUAAUAUUUACUAUAUUAUUAUAAUAUUUUUUUACAUACAUAUCCUUAUAAACGUGUACAUAUGUUGUCCUUUUUUUUUUUUAAACUGCCUCAUCCUUUUAUUGUUUCCCAUCGUUCCUCAUCAUUAUUAUUGUUAUUAUUAUUAUUUGGAAUGAAAGUGGGUUUUUAAAUGAGUCCUGAAGCUCAUUUUUCAUAUCAGCAGGAGUUAAGAAACCUGAUGUGUUUCUAAAGUACAUUCUUUUCUGACAUUGUGUUGCCCUUUGUACAUUAAAAUGUUUCCUUUUAAAGUCUUUUGUUUGUUAUGGGAGCUCCUUUUUAAAAGCCUUACCAAUGUGUUUGUAUGUUGUACGGUAGGGACAACUUGGCCUUUCAUGGGAUGUCGCUCUUUACUUGCUGCCAUGACAGCUUCUGUAUUGUUCUGCGGGGACUUGACAGUUUCCCCUCAGUGGUCUGGGGUAUCUAGGACUCAGGGCAUUGACCCCCACCCCUCCGAAAACAGGGAAAAAAAACAAAAACAAAACCAUCACAUGGCACCCACUCAGUCAAACAUGCAACAGGCAAGUUAUCUUUUAUAUGAAAAGUUAAAUCAGAUGUGUGUGUGUCUCCUGACCAUAAACCAAUAUUUGGUUUGACAUUUGUACUGCUGUACCACAUGUGCAUCUUCCCGACAGCAGAGCGUGUUUGCUGUUUUUUUCCUGUCAUUAUUCACUCAAAGCCUGGCGCCCUUGUUCUUUUUACAAAUCUUAUACAAUGCAAAGAUGUUGGCCUUUUGAAUGGGACUCCCAGAAUUUUUUGUUUAUUUUUAAACAUGGUGAUUUUUGUAUGAAGAAAAAAAAAAAAGAAGCUUGUUCUAUACACAAAUCCAAUGUAAAAAGGAAAAAAAAUGUCAGCUCAGAAACUAGUUUUUCAUUACCCUCUUACCCAAAGAAAUUUGUCAUUUGCAAUCAUAGUAAUUUGCUCUACUUUUGUGAAUACCAUGUUUCUCUUAAAUGUACAUCAUCAUGAAUGUCAGUGUAACUGUAAGAGAUUUUAACCUAUGGAUAAAAACAAGAUUGACAACAAAGAGGGAGAGAAAAAGGAUCAGAAUCCAUUUGGGAAAUGAUCUAUUGAGUUGUAAACAGUUGAACCUGUAUUGCACUUUUUCACAAUUUUUAAAAAGUACAUUUCUUACAUAUCUUGUGUUUUAAAUAUCAAAAGCUGUUUGUGUAACGUAGUGUCCUAGGAAAGCGGCAGGCAGCUGGUCUUGUUUUUUUUAAUGUUCUUUUUCUUUUUUUUGCUUCAGAGAUGAUUUGAAUUUGAGCAGCAGAGUUGUUUACUUUACAGCUGAUCAUGAGGAAUUCUGUUGAUGCUUGUUGAUGUACAGAGCUUUCUUUGCUUUCUGUAGAAAAAAAAACAUCUGUGGCUUUUUAAAAAAUGUUUGAAAAAAAAAAGGUUUGGAAAAAAAUAUGUUUUUUAUUGGUGCUCCUAUACAUUGUGUAUACAAACUAUUAUGAAUACUAACAAAGUAAA